AUUCUAUUCUUUAUAGUGCAUAUUUAUCCAGAUGUAUAUUAAAAUUUGUGAAACUGAUAGUUAGAUUCGCCACACAGAAAAAUAACAACAAAAGGAACCAAAUUACAUUUAACGGUGAAAACGUGACGCCACUUCCCUAGGUUUCCAUUGGUUUCAAAAGUACACAUUCCUCAAACACCAAAGAAUGGUUCACAUCGAAAUUAGGUCCUUAUUUCGACAAAUACACCAUAGAACAAAUAAUUGUAUAUUUGACGAAAGUGCCCACACGCGCCUAUGCCGUACAGCAGUGGCUGCCCCUUUUGUUCACUGGAGUUCCUGAAUUAUUCCUAUCACAAUGAAAUUACUAGGAUAUUGUGUUGUCGUGUAAACCAUUUACCCCACAUUUCUUGUGAUAAGAUAGUGUUUUAUGUGAUUAAUAAAUCGAUCUGCAAUCGUCCCAUUUACCGAGCUGGGGUGAGAGAUUUUGCAGCACGCAAGCUUGAGGAGCCCUGAGUAAUGUAAGCUUGAACAGCUCCUGUCCCAGCAGUGGCCAUCGGCACAAUGGGGCUGGACUUUGACGUGAAGACUUUCUGCCACAACCUCCGAGCCACCAAGCCCCCUUACGAGUGCCCAGUGGAGACCUGUCGCAAGGUCUACAAGAGCUACAGCGGCAUUGAGUACCACCUCUACCAUUACGACCAUGACAACCCCACGCCUGCACAGGGCAUGCCCCAGAAGAAGAGGAAGGGGCGCCCCCCUCGCAUGACCCUGGUGGGGACCGGGGACGGGGAGGGAGGGCUGGGAAAGGGAGGUGGGCCAGGGCAGGCAGGGAACACCCCUGGGAGUCCUAAUCAGUCAGAGCACUCCCACUCCCCAGGCAGGGAGACGAUGACCUAUGCCCAGGCCCAGCGCAUGGUGGAACUGGAGAUCCAUGGACACAUCCACCGCAUCAGCAUCUUUGAGAACAUUGACGUGGUAUCGGAGGACGACAGUGGGGACGAGGACCCUCCGUCCUCGGGCGGAGGUGGGGGAGGGGUGUGUAAUGGGGGCGACAGCGGGGGAGGAGGGAGUGAGGUGGGGGGCAAGGACAGGCCAGACACCCCUGCUGCUAACGGGGGGAAGGCCACACCCAAGUCCGGGAAGCACAAGAGUAAAGAGAAAAAGAAGGAGGGAUCGUCACACCACCACAGCGCUUCCUCUGGCCCAGCGGUCAAGCUGCCUGAGGUGGUGUACAGAGAGCUUGACCAGGAGAGGCCUGACGCACCCACACGACAGUCAUCUUAUUACAGGUACAUAGAUAAGUCAGUGGAGGAGCUGGAUGAGGAGGUGGAGUAUGACAUUGAUGAGGAGGACUAUAUCUGGCUGGACAUCAUGAAUGACAAGCGGCGUAGUGACGGGGUGACGCCCAUCCCCCAGGAGGUGUUUGAGUACCUCAUGGACCGGCUGGAGAAAGAGUCCUACUUCGAGAGCCACAACAAGACGGACCCCAGCGCCCUGAUCGACGAGGACGCCGUCUGCUGCAUCUGUAACGACGGCGAGUGUCAGAACAGCAACGUGAUCCUGUUCUGUGAUAUGUGUAACCUGGCCGUGCACCAGGAGUGUUACGGCGUGCCCUACAUCCCUGAGGGCCAGUGGCUGUGUCGCCGCUGCCUCCAGUCCCCCAGCCGCGCCGUCGAUUGUGCCCUCUGCCCCAACAAGGGUGGGGCCUUUAAACAGACGGACGAUGCACGCUGGGCCCACGUGGUGUGUGCACUCUGGAUUCCCGAGGUGUGUUUUGCCAACACAGUCUUCCUGGAGCCCAUCGACAGCAUCGAGCACAUCCCCCCGGCGCGCUGGAAGCUCACCUGCUACAUCUGCAAGCAGCGCGGCUCAGGGGCCUGCAUUCAGUGCCACAAGGCCAACUGCUAUACAGCCUUCCACGUGACCUGUGCCCAGCAGGCCGGCCUCUACAUGAAGAUGGAGCCCGUCAGGGAGACCGGCGCCAAUGGCACCUCAUUCAGCGUCCGCAAGACCGCCUACUGCGACAUCCACACCCCGCCCGGCUUAGCACGCCCCCUCGGAGGGGUGGGAGGGGCUAGCAUGGGCUCCUCCCAUAGUGAAGGCGAGCUGGAAGAGGACGAUGAGCCCAGUAUAGGUCACGAUGACGACACCAAGGGCUGGAGCUCAGAGCGGGCAAAGAGGGCCAAGGCCAAGUCCAGACUGAAGAUGAAGAGAGCCAGGAAGAUACUGGCUGAGAAGAGGAACGCUGCGCCCGUGGUGUCUGUGCCCUGUAUACCCCCACACAGGCUCAGUAAAAUCACCAGUAACCUGACAGUGCCCAGGAAGAGCCAGUUUAUGCAGCGACUGCACAGUUACUGGACCCUGAAGAGGCAAAGCCGGAAUGGUGUCCCUCUGCUGCGCCGGCUCCAGACCCACCUGCAGUCACAGCGCAACACUGAGCAGCUACAGCCACAGCCUCAGGCGCCGCAGUCGCAGGUUACCACGUUAACCACCACACAGUCUCUGUCUGGUGUUGUUAUCACAGCGAGGGACAGUGAGGAGAAUAACUUGGCUCUGAAGGAGCAGCUGAAAGCAUGGCAGAGACUGAGACAUGACCUGGAGAGAGCCAGACUACUGGUGGAGCUCAUCCGCAAGAGAGAGAAACUCAAGAGAGAGACGAUCAAGGUGCAGCAGAUGGCGCUAGAGAUGCAGCUGACUCCCUUCCUGGUCCUGCUGAGGAACACACUGGAACAGCUACAGGACAGAGACACCAGCAACUUCUUCACUGAGCCUGUCCCCCUGGCCGAGGUGCCAGACUACCUGGACCACAUCGAGAGGCCCAUGGACUUCCAGACCAUGUGGAACCUACUAGAGGCUCACCGCUACCUCAGCUUCGAAGCAUUUGAGGCAGACUUCGGCCUCAUCGUCAACAAUUGCCUCAAAUACAACGCCAAGGACACAGUGUUCUACCGCGCUGCUUUGCGCCUCCGGGAGAUGGGUGGGACCGUGAUCAGGACUGCCCGCAGACAGGCAGAGCGAAUCGGCUUGAACUAUGACACAGGUAUGCACCUCCCUCGAGAGCCCAGCCCGGACAGCCAACGUGACAGAGAGAGAGACCGAGAGAGGGACAGGGACCAGGAACGAGAGAGGGACAGGGACCAGGAACGAGAGAGGGACGGAGACGGAGACAGGCCCCUGUCUUCCAAUGAGGAUGACCUGCUCUUACCAGAGAACCGGCGGCGGCUGCCAUUGGAGGAGCAGCUGUGUUUCCUUCAGGCGCGCUUUGAUGAGGUCAGCUCAGGGAAGCACAGCAUUGGUCGGUCACGGCGUGCCAAAGCCCUGAGGAAAGAAAUGACGGUCAUCAAGAGGAAACUUGCCCACCAGAGAGAGGGAGGCUCGGGCAUGGGGGGCAGGGACUCAGGGGGCGGGGGGGACAGGGGACCAUCCCUCCCCCAUCACCCCUCAUCCACAGGACGCCACGACGAGGGGGAAGAGAGCAGCAGUCAGGAGAUCAGUGGCAAGGAUUUAAGUGCAUUGUCCUCGGCUCUAGCUCCAGAGGUGGGACGUCGUACCUCUGUCCUCUUCUCCAAGAAGAACCCCAAAAUGGCCGGACCCCCCAAGAGGCCGGGCCGUCCCCCUAAGAACAGAGACGCGGGACACGGAGGGGCAGGGGUGAGCCCCAGUCCAAUAGGUCCCCCUCAGCUGGCCCUCUUGUCUCCCCCUCGGCAGAGGAAGAGACCCCACAGCAGCUCCAGCUCCGAGAGCGACAGUGAUAUCGACAACCUCCUCCCGAGCCUGCCCACUAACGGUUUUGGCGGGGCCAACCAGCCGGUGACGGAGAGUUUUCGGGUGUACAGGAACGAGAGGAGCCUUCCUCGAUCCAGCUCUGACUCUGAAUCCACCACCAGCAGCAGCAGUAGUGCUGCCUCUGACAGAACCAGUACCACUCCGUCUAAGCAGGGCCGGGGGAAGCAGUCGUUCUCUCGUUCAACCUUCCAGGAGGACAGCAGUGAGGAGACAUCAGGGACAGAGAACGACUCCUACUCUGUGGGAGGGUCACGCAGCGUCUCACACUUAGGGUGGGGCCGGGGCCGAUCAGGUUGUAGGACGCCAUCAGAUGACUACUCUUCCCUUGAUGCUCUGGACCUGGUGUGGGCCAAGUGUAGAGGCUAUCCUUCAUACCCUGCUUUGAUCAUAGAUCCUAAAAUGCCCAGUGAGGGGGUAUUCCACAGAGGGGUUCCUAUCCCCGUGCCCCCUCUGGAUGUCCUGAAGCUGGGGGAGCAGAUGACCCAAGAGGCCCGGGAACACCUCUUCCUGGUACUCUUUUUCGACAACAAGAGAACCUGGCAGUGGCUGCCGCGUUCUAAGCUGGUUCCUCUGGGGGUGGACCGGGAGCUGGACAAGGAGAAGAUGCUGGAGGGAAGGAAGUCCAACAUCCGCAAGUCAGUGCAGGUGGCCUACCACCGCGCCAUGCAGCACCGCAACAAGGUCCAGGGAGACCCCAGCAGCGACACCAGCGACAGCGACUGAGCACUCGCACACAUAUGCACGGGCUGCACACUCACACAGAUAUGCCCAACACACACACACACACGUCUUUGCUGGCCUCCCCAGGUAUUGAUAGGGUAUUGGUUUCAGAUCUGUGGGUUUUGAGCUACCCUGUGGCCUUGGACAGCCUAGUACCCAGCACACAGAACAAUAUGCCAGUAAUACCUAUUGGAAAGCACAUGUAACACUCUCUUUCCAACACACACACACACACACACACACGUUGUUGGCACACACAGUGGUAUUUAAUCUGAGAUGUAAAAUAUGUAUUUAAGAGAAUUGAAACAAAAAGCUAUUAAGAAAAAAUGAUAUUCCCAGAAUCAUGAUUGGGAAUUGUCCUUCUAUAUGGUUGAUGAGUGUUUACCAGCGACUGAAGAACAUGGGCUCGCAUCACACAGAUAUGCACACACACACACACACACACACACACACACACACACACACACACACACACACACACAUAUACAUAUAUAUUUAUAUAUAUAUAUAUAUACACACACACACACACAGUUGAAGUUUACAUACACUUAGGUUGGAGUCAUUAAAACUUGUUUUUCAACCACUCCACACAUUUCUUGUUAACAAACUAUAGUUUUGACAAGUCGGUUAGGACAUCAACUUUGUGCAUGACACAAGUAAUUUUUCCAACAAUUGUUUACAGACUGAUUAUUUCACUAUUUCAGUGUACCACAAUUCCAGUGGGUCAGAAGUUUACAUACACUAAGUUGACUGUGCCUUUUAAAUAGCUUGGAAAAUUCCAGAAAAUUAUGUCAUGGCUUCUGAUAGGCUAAUUGACAUAAUUGAGUCAGUUGUAGGUGUACCUGUAGAUGUAUUCCAAGGCCUACCUUCAAACUCAGUGCCUCUGCUUGACAUCAUGGGAAAAUCAAAAGAAAUCAGCCAAGACCUCAGAAAAAAAAUUGUAGACCUCCACAAGUCAAUUUCCAAACGCCUGAAGGUACCACGUUCAUCUGUACAAACAAUAGUACGCAAGGAUAAACACCCUGGGACCACGCGAAAAGUGCAAAUCAUUCCCAGAACAGCAAAGGACCUUGUGAAGAUGCUGGAGGAAACGGGUAGAAAAGUAUCGACAUGACCUGAAAGGCCGCUCAGCAAGGAAGAAGCCACUGCUCCAAAACCGCCAUAAGAAAGCCAGACUACGGUUUGCAACUGCACAUGGGGACAAAGAUCGUACUUUUUGGAGAAAUGUCCUCUGGUCUGAUGAAACAAAAAUAUAACUGUUUGGCCAUAAUGACCAUUGUUAUGUUUCUAGGAAAAAGGGGGAGGCUUGCAAGCCGAAGAACACCAUCCUAACCGUGAAGCACGGGAGGUGGCAGUAACAUGUUGUGGGGGUGCUUUGCUGCAGGAGGGAAGUAGUGCACUUCACAAAAUAGAUGGCAUCAUGAGGUGGGAAAAUCAUUUGGAUAUAUUGAAGCAACAUCUCAAGACAUCAGUCAGGAAGUUACAGCUUGGUUGCAAAUGGAUCUUCCAAAAGGACAAUGACCCCAAGCAUACUUCCAAAGUUGUGGCAAAAUGGCUUAACGACAACAUAGUCAAGGUAUUGGAGUGGCCAUCACAAAGCCCUAACCUCAAUCCUAUAGAAAAUGUGUGGGCAGAACUGAAAAAGUGUGUGUUCCGAGUAAGGAGGCUUACAAACCUGACUCAGUUACACCAGCUCUGUCAGGAGGAAUGGGCCAAAAUUCACCCAACGUAUUGUGGCAAGCUUGUGGAAGGCUACCCUAAACGUUUGCCCCAAGUUAAACCAUUUUAAACGCAAUGCUACCAAAUACUAAUUGAGUGUAUGUAAACUUCUGACCCAUUGAGAAUGUGAUGAAAGAAAUAAAAGCUGAAAUAAAUCAUUCUCUCUAUUAUUAUUCUGACAUUUCACAUUCUUAAAAUAAAGUGGUGAUCCUAUCCUUUUACUAGGAUUAAAUGUCAGGAAUUGUGAAAAACUGUGUUUAAAUGUAUUUGGCAAAGGUGUAUGUAAACUUCCGACUUCAACUGUACAUUCAAACAGGGCAAUGCAUAUGCACACACACACAUCCACACACCCUAUGGUAUGCACUUAUGGUUCCACAGUAUCACUGGUCCAACACCCUCUCUACACAACUCCCUCUGCCCGCCCCCUCGGAUCCCCGUGUCCAAUCACGGCUUAGUGGAGCACGGUGUUGGCCGGCAUGGCCAAUCGACUGUAAGCAAAGCAGCUUCCUCUGUUAUUUAUUCCGUCUCCCAAGGACCUCCCGUCUUCUUCUCUCUACUAGUCUGACGGACUGUCUCCACAACAUUGCAUUGCGCAGUCGUUUCCUCCACUCUUCCGUAUGUGUUUAUUUUGUUUCUUUAGUUUACGUCUCUUUUUGUUCUUGUCUGUUUGUACUAUUCUGGCCGCUGGCGAAUAAUGAAGACUAAUGUAAAUGUGAUGAGAAACACACGCCAGCCUCACUGUCUGUUCUAGUCUCGGGCCAAUGGCUUUAGAACUUUUUAUAUAUACAGAUUACAUAAAAUAGAAGUUUAAUAAAAUAAUUGAGUUUUGUA